UUCCAGCUAUUCAAAACACUUCAAGGGGGAAAAGCCCCCUCCUUCUCUCAGGCUGGAACUUAGCAGGACUGGAUGACUGCGCCCCAGAGAGAGAGGAUGGUGCUGUGCUAUAUUGCUGCCGGAGGUGGUCUGAAGUGGAACAAGGUUUAAAAGCAAUUCAGCGCCUCGUCUUUGACCCUCCAUCAGCAUUUUCAAUAUGGAGGUGGUGUCGGCAGAGGUGAACAGCUUGCUCCCAGAGGAGAUCAUGGACACGGGUAUUACGCUGGAGGACGAUGAGAACAUCGAGGCCGUUAUUGUGUCGUCCCCCAUGGGUGACUCCAUUCCCAUGGAAACGGAACUUGAAGAAGUGACAAAUAUAAGCUCACUGAGAGAAUCUACGACUGCUGCAUUGUCAGUCCCCACAGAGACCGUCACGGUGCCCAGCAACUGCGUGAGCCACGUCAUGGGGAACACUGCCACUGCAAAAAUUGACUCCGGCCUGGCUCUGCAAUCUUCCUUUCAAAGUGGCCUCCAGAAGCUCAGUGCUCAAACUCCUGUCACCAUAUCAGCCAACCAGAUAAUUUUAAACAAGGCGACGGACCUGAAAAUUGGCAAUCAGACAAUAAAACAGGAAGGGCAGAAGCUUAUCGUCACAACUCUGGGGAAGCCCGGGCAGCCCAUAGUCCUGGCGCUACCCCACAACCAGCUGCCCCAGUCUCAGAAAGCCACGUCACAGGCACAAGUGAGCGACUCCAAAGUUACCCCGCAGCAGUUCAAAGUGGUGACAAUUGGGGGAAGGUCAGAGGUGAAGCCUGUCAUUGGUGUUUCCUCCUUAACGACGGGAAGCCAGCUGGUCAGCCCCGCUGCCCAAUCCUCAGUGUUGCAGACCCAGCAGUUAAAGGCAGUGCAGAUUGCGAAGAAAACCGGAACACCCACCUCAGCACCGGUGAUCACAAAGCUGAUCUUCACAAAACCAAUCAACAGCAAAGCAGUUACAGGGCAGACAACUCAAGUGUCACCAGUCAUUGCAGGUAGAGUUCUGUCACAGACUAAUCCGGGAACACCUCCCAAAACUAUAACUAUCUCAGAAAGCGGAGUUAUUGGGACUUCAUUAAGUUCUACUAUACAGCAGACACCAAAUAAAAUUGCUAUCUCCCCCCUGAAGUCCCCUAACAAGCUAACGGUGGUGUCGGUCGCCUCGCAGCCUCCAAAUUCCCCACAGAAAGCGGUCAGUGUUCCUCUCAACGUAGCCCUGGGACAGCAGAUUCUCACAGUGCAGCAUUCAACACCCACUUCCCCAGGCAAGGCAGUGACUAACAAUACAACCGCUCAGGCUGUGAAAUCUGCAGUGCAGACUCUCACUGUGGGGGGAGUAAGUACGUCCCAGUUUAAGACCAUCAUUCCCUUGGCAACAGCAUCUAACGUCCAGCAGAUCCAAGUACCUGGGAGCAAAUUCCAUUAUGUCCGGCUUGUCACCGCCACCACGGCCAACAGCUCAGCACAGCCCGUCGCUCAGAAUCCCAGCACCAGCACAGCACCGCUCCAGCAAGCUAAGCCGAUGGUGGUGAAUGCAACACCUGUGCGGAUGUCUGUCCCAAUCGUACCUGCUGCGCAGACUGUCAAACAAGUGGCACCCAAACCUGUUAACGCAACUUCGCAGAUAGUUACGACAAGCCAGCCACAGCAAAGACUUAUUAUGCCUGCCACACCACUGCCGCAGAUCCAGCCGAACCUUACCAACCUUCCUCCGGGCACUGUGCUGGCUCCGGCCCCUGGCACAGGGAACAUGGGAUAUGCAGUUCUCCCGGCUCAGUACGUCACACAGCUACAGCAGUCCUCCUAUGUAUCCAUAGCAAGCAACUCUGGUCUCAGUGGGACAUCUAGCAUCCAAACCCAAGCCCGAGUGCCAUUCAAUGGAAUAAUACCUUCUGAGUCUGCAAAUCGUCCCCGAAAACCGUGCAAUUGUACAAAAUCUCUGUGUCUGAAGUUGUAUUGUGACUGCUUUGCCAACGGUGAGUUCUGCAACAACUGCAACUGUACAAAUUGUUAUAAUAACCUGGACCAUGAAAACGAUAGACAAAAAGCAAUCAAGGCCUGCCUUGACAGAAACCCCGAGGCCUUCAAGCCCAAAAUUGGGAAGGGAAAGGAAGGGGAGUCAGACAGGCGGCACAGCAAAGGUUGCAACUGCAAGCGGUCCGGAUGCCUCAAAAACUAUUGCGAAUGCUACGAGGCAAAGAUCAUGUGUUCCUCGAUCUGUAAAUGCAUCGGCUGCAAGAAUUUUGAAGAAAGCCCCGAGCGGAAGACGUUAAUGCACUUGGCAGAUGCCGCCGAGGUGCGAGUCCAGCAACAAACGGCGGCCAAGACAAAGCUGUCCUCGCAGAUUUCGGACCUGCUAACUAGGCCGGCCCCAGUGCUGUCCAGCGGAGGGGGAAGGUUGCCAUUCACAUUUGUCACCAAGGAGGUUACCGACGCAACAUGUGACUGCUUACUUGCACAAGCCGAGCAGGCCGAGAAGGCAGGGAAGUCGAAAGCGAUGGCAGAACGGAUGAUCCUGGAGGAAUUUGGACGAUGUCUGAUGAGAAUCAUAAACGCAGCUGGAAAGUCUAGUAAAAGUGACGCUUGUGCCAUGAACUGCUGACUGUCUUGAAAAUGAGCCGUGGUCUGAAACGGGGGACACUAAAAGGCACGGGGACACUUUUCUGGUUCGCCGCAGCAGCUGAUGAUAGUGAUAGUCUUUCAUUCUUCAUUUGGUGCUGCUUAGUUCGCAUUGGCUUACGUUAGUAUCGAACCAAGAGACCUGUAUAAUAAUGAGUACCUUUUUAAGCUUAACUUUCUUCUUUUUAGGAUGGGCACCUGUCUUCUUCCCAACUUUGGAGAAUUGCAAUGGCUUUCUUCUCUCUUUUAGAAAAAAGGUUCUUCAAGCAAUCUUUUAAAUUAUUAUUUGCAAUUUUAGUGUUGAAUUUGUAUGGGCGGAAGGAGCUGGGACAAGACGUCAGCCACAGUCCUUCCAUCGGGAGCAUCUCCUCUGAAAGCCCCAUUGAGAUCACUGGAUGUUCCGAGACAAUAAAAAAAUCUUGUACAAAUACUUCAAAUAUAUUUGAUCAGCAUCACAAUGCAGCUUUAGCUUUGCAUUAGAGUCAAUAAAAGUACAUCUCUGUGGGUUUGCUAAUGGUGAAAGGGGGGGAGAAAUCUUUUUCCUAAAAGCUUUUCAGGAAGAUAUGCAAAUCUUGAGAAUUAUCUUGCUGGCUACAGUUCUGCUUUCAUGGGGAACACAGUUUGUAGUGUCCUGAACUAUGAGUUUUACAUUAAGAAUAAUAACACAUUACCAGAACUAGGUACAGGAAAGUACAGUAUUGUUAUGCAUAAAUCAGGGUCAAAAUUAGCAACAGCCUGAAAUACAUAAAACAAUCUUUUAUCACUUUUAAAUGUACUGUUCCAAAUUGUAAUAAGCUGCUUCUGUUUGGGUUCCGAGAGAUCAGUAUUUUGCUUAUUUUGACAAGCUUCUCUCUCAGACAAUUCUCAGUGCUCCAAAGGACAGAAAGACAAAAAUCUUUUGAGAAUCGAACUGUCAUUACACAGGUAGGCUCAUUGUCACCCCCAGGGAACACUGAGAUACCCUGAUAGGAGCAUUUAAUAGCAUAAUUGCAGUAGCAUUUGCAAUAUAGAACUCCUGAAAAUCUUUUAAACUUUAUGCACUUCCACAAUAUUUACGUCUUGGUCCCCCUUUUAAAAUUAUUGCAUAGGGGACAAAGCAUAGGGUUAGUCCAGUUAUUUUUAGUCCAGUUAUUUUUAUUUACUGGGUGGCUCUCAAUCAGCUCUCCAUAGAUACUGGCCAGGCUCCAGAAAACAAAACCCACACACAACUAAUUUUGUGCGUCCAAGAGAAGUUCUUGUGUUGCCACUUGAGUUUCUUAAAUAGAAAUCCUCAUGCCACACAGGAAAGCAUUUUUUGAAAAUGAGGGAACUUCCAAAGAGUGUCAGUGAUACAGCCUGGGGGUUGGAUGGGAGUGGGCUUCUCUGUAAAGAAACAAAUUUUAAAAAUCCCCCUUGGGAUGUAUUUGAAGUCACUCUGGAUCCCAGCUGCCUUCGGUGGGAAUACAUGGAAACGGCUGGAAGGGUUGAGGCGACUCUCUUCACAGGAGCUACUUGUGUGCGUUGCUUUAAGUUGUGCUAAGUGAGGAGCUGAGGGUGCAGUUUAUAACCAAGCAUUUUUAAUUACGGCGGUGUUUGUAAUGUACGUUUGACAAGGGUAAGCAUGAUGGCCAUAGUCCAGCACUGGAACUGCUCGGUCCGUUGGAUUCAGUGCUCCUGCUUCUGUUGGGGUUGUAGCUGAAGUCGAUUGGUCAGUGAAGGAUUCCAUUCAGAAAUAAAUCUAAAGCAAACGGCGUUUGCCCUUUUGUGUCUGUAUCUGUCCAGCAAAAUCUGUCAGAUAGACAUGGGAGAACCAGAUGUUCUGAGCUGACCCUAGAUAAUAGUGCAGAUUUGGACAUGUUCAACUAGGGUGGGUGAAAAUCUGCAGUAAACUGAGUCUUAAGAAAUUGCAUUUAAUCACCACCCCCACGUAUUUCAGCAGAGAGCAUCCAGGUCUUUUAGGAAGUGUUAACAGAGAGGUGUUCAAACUAGCUGCCUGUUGAUGGGAGACUGUUAAACCUAAUCACCUAUGCAUUUCUGAUAUCACCUCAAGUUGGCUUAUCUUUUAACAAUAAAUUCUAGCAAUGCAGUGUUUCAGCCUGGCAUCGUCUGCAGACAAAAACUAACCAUGUUGGCCUCUUGGUAGAGCAGAAAAGCAUUGCUUGGGAUGGAGAUUGUUAGAAAUAACCACCUUUCUAGCAAAUCUUAUUAAAAUGUUUAACGAAAUUGCAUGGAGGUUUUGUUUUGUUUUUAGUGCAGCCAAUUGUUCAGGGUCUCUUGAAUGGACAUAAGCCCCAUGUUUGAACUGGCAAAUGGUUGCUGGACUAUUUUAGUUCUUCUGUAAUUACAAUACUGCAGGCCUUUUGUUCAAAAAGGGAUCUUAUAUUUUCUCUGUGUACCUGUACACAUAUAUACUAUUAUGGAACUGUGUAUGUAUACACAUAGCAGGCUUACAUAGAUGUACUCACAAUCCUGAAAAGGGAGCUGUGGUUCAUUUUAGCAGAAUUGUUUUAUGAUUAGAACUCUGACUCGAGGGUACCGAGUCAGUGCAUUACCUUCCAGAGUAGAUGAAGACUCACCUUUUUACUGAUACCGUAUGCGUCCGUAUGAUAGCAAUUGUAUAAAUGUAAAUUAGUGUAAGUGGAUAAAAUAAUACUUGAUCAAGUUAUUUUUCAAACAGAUUGCA